AUGGCAGAAAACUGCCUGCUCUUUGUUGCAGGGAGGAAUUUGGUCCUGUGGCUUUUCCCCAUCAUUGGCCACAUGGGCAUCUGCACAUCCACUGGGGUCAUUCGGGACUUUGCAGGACCAUAUUUUGUAUCAGAAGACAACAUGGCAUUUGGGAAGCCAGUGAAGUACUGGAAACUGGAUCCCAGCAAAGUCUACUCCACUGGUGCCAAUGCCUGGGACACGGCCGUGCAUGACGCCUCGGAGGAGUACAAGCACCGCAUGCACAACCUUUGCUGUGAUAACUGUCAUUCCCACGUGGCUCUGGCCUUAAAUUUGAUGAGAUAUGAUAACAGCACCUCCUGGAACAUGGUGAAACUCUGCUUUUUCUCCCUCCUGUAUGGGAAGUAUGUAAGCCUAGGGGGGUUUGUGAAGACCUGGCUUCCCUUUGUCCUCUUCCUGGGGGUGAUCGUGACCAUCGUGCUGACGCUGCAGCUGCGGUGA